CACCAGAAAGCCCAACCUGAGAACGUAGUCUUUAAGUGAGAGAAACAACAAGAGCAGUUGCACUGCAACCCCAUUCAUUUUCCCCCAUUUCGGACUCCAAAUCCUCUAAUAUUUACCAUUUAAUGCCACUCUCCUUCCUCUCCUCUCUGAAAUUUCCGAUCUUCUUCCACUUUUCACUCCCUGCAAUUCCCAUUCACGAGGUUUUCGAGCUUCGUUCUUCAUCAAUGGCGGUUCCUUGAAUACAUCUCAUCUCUUUCUCUCUCUCUCUCUCUCUCGCUAUCUCAUCUUCUAGCUCACACGCGACUUGAGUUCGUACAGCAAAAAUGGCGGCCUCUUCGAGCUGAGACGCUUCAAGCUUUGGGUCCUCUGCGACUUUCGCUUCCUCGUUGAGCCUUUUCCCCUUCGGAGAGAGGAAAUGGAAUGCUGAUACAUAGAAUUUGUGCUUCGGACUCGCACGCCGUCUGACCUCGGUUUCAGAUCUAACCUUUUGUCUCGGUUUGGUUCCGAAGCGCCAUUUGAUGGCGACGACAAAGCGUUUGGUGUGAAUUUGUUGCGGUUGUUGGAGACGUGAAAGAGAAUCUCGUGUUAGGUUUCUUUGAUAUUUUUAAAUUAUAUAUAUUUUUAAAUUUGGUUCGUGGACUUGGAUUUCGAAGAUGAAUCGUAGUUUUAGGGCUCCAGAAUCGCAGAUGCUAGCGGCGAUGAAGCAGAGGCAGCAGUUACGAGCCUCGAUGAUGAAAGAGAAAGAGGAAGAGCUCGCAUUGUUUCUGGAGAUGAAAAAGCGCGAGAAGGAGCGGAACGAUCUUCUUCUCAACAGUUCGGAAGAGUUCGAUGCUCCAUUAGGAUUAAAACCCGGAACUUCUCCGAUUUUUAACAUCUCAUCGUCAACGCCGGCACCGCCGCGGAAGACUGGUGCUGAUGAUUUUCUCAAUUCUGACAAUGAUAAGAAUGACUAUGACUGGCUCCUAACACCCCCCGGGACACCACUUUUUCCUUCUUUGGAGAUGGAAUCACAAAAGACCUUGAUGAGUCAGCUUGGUACACCUAAGGCUCGUCCGACAGCUCUGAAAUCUAGAUUGGCAAACCCCCAGCCUGAGCAUCCUCCCAGAAGCAGCGUAGGAAAUAAACAACCAGCUUCAUCCCCUGGGUUGAAUUCUUCGAGAGUUGCGUUAAAUUCUACAGGUGCUGGGACUCGGAGACCAUCAUCAUCAGGAGGUCCAGGAUCAAGACCUUUGACACCAACUGGACGUCCCACAUUGACUACAACGUCUAAGUCUUCGAGACCAUCAACACCUACUUCUAGAGCAACCUUGCCUUCAAGCAAGCUGACAAUUUCUGUGACUAGGUCUGCAGUUUCCUCAGCUAAGCCCUCUCCCACGGCUAAGCCCUCACCCACGGCUAAGCCUUCACCCACAACCAAGCCAACAGUUCCGUCAAGAUCUUCAACACCAUUGUCAAGAUCAACAGCGAGAUCUUCAACACCAACUUCCAGACCUACUGUACCUGCUCCCAAGUCCACAUCAAGGGCAUCAACACCAACUCGUCGACCUUCAACACCAUCAUCUGCACCCAGUGUAACUGCCCCUCUAUCUAAAUCCUCUUCUUCAAUUGCGAAGCCAGUUUCCACGGCAACUAGAAAUCCAGUACCCUCACGUGGAGCAUCCCCAACAGUAAAAUCCAGACCAUGGAAGCCCUCAGAGAUGCCAGGUUUUUCACUUGAUGCUCCACCUAAUUUAAGAACAUCACUUCCUGACAGGCCACUGUCGGCCACCAGGGGUAGGCCUGGAGCACCAAGUGCUCGAUCUUCCUCUGUCGAGCCUGCUUCAAGUGGAAGGCCAAGACGGCAAUCAUGCUCUCCUUCAAGAGGACGCGCUCCCAAUGGGAUGGUUCACCCUAGUGGAAGUUCUGUUCCUGCAGGAAGUCGAAACCAGUACAAAAUCAAUGACAAUGUGAGCCCUGCUUUAAUUGGAACAAAAAUGGUGGAGAGGGUAAUAAAUAUGCGGAAACUGGCACCACCAAAGCAAGAUGAUAAACAUUCUCCUUAUGGUCAUCUCUCUGCAAAAUCUUCUCCUGAAAGCUCAGGCUUUGGUAGAACACUCUCAAAGAAGUCCCUGGACAUGGCUAUACGGCAUAUGGAUAUUAGGAGAACCAUCCCAGGUAAUUUGCGACCGUUGAUGACAAAUAUUCCUGCAUCCUCUAUGUACAGUGUGAGAGCAGGGUCUGCUCGGAGCAGAGCAAUUAGCGUUUCAGAUUCUCCGCUCGCCACAAGCAGCAAUGCUAGUUCUGAAGUCAGUGUCAACAACAAUGGCCUUUGCUUAGAUGGGAGUGAACUGGAAGACGAUAUAGGCAGCGAGCGAGGCGGUCGGUCUCCUCCUAGUGUGCUUGGUAGGUGAUGGUUCUGGGGCAUUUUUAUUGCACAUAAAUUGCAGUUUCAAUAUUGAAUUGCAACGCUCUUGGUAGUCGAGAGAAAACUGGAUUCAGUGAGAGCUAACCAGAGUUGUGCUUCAAUGAGUAGUAAUGUGAAGUUUUAUUGGAAGAAUUCGCGGUUAAAUUUUUAAUUGCAAUUCAUCAUUGUCUUUGUAAUAGUAGGGUAACUAGUGAUAUUCUGAACAAUCUUCCUCGCUCAUUUCGUUCACGGUGUAGUGUCAUGUACUUGUUUUCAUGAGUUGAUCGAGUUCCUUUCGUCCUCUUUUUAGAGCUUGGGGAUUUGUUCAAAAUACAAGGAAGCACCGAAAAAGAUCUAUUUUCUUUUUCGAAUUCACCAUAUCAACUUGUAGCCAUUUUGGUUCUAAACCGUCUGAAAAGGUGAACGAUGAAACAAAUAGAUACAAAUACAACAGUGGACCAAAUUAUCUCACUACCCAUGAGCAAAUACUUAGACAUCAAUACUUAUAUUAUAUCAUCCGGAUCACGAUAUCCAGUUGCAGGACCACAGAUUCAUAGCCCAAAAGUCAAGCUUCAUAAUCACUGUUGAUUGUACUGUUACUGCCUUUGCCCAAUCCAACUUUUGGCUUGAUUCUAAUGUCAAGAAACUUUCAAGAUUGCAACAUUUCCUUUUCCCUAAAAGGUACUCUUAAAUUUGAGAUCACUUUCCAGGCACCGCCAGCAGGUUACCUAAUUAAUAUAUAUCGACUA